AGGAAUUGCAAAAUCCACAUGAAGGAAACACAAGAAUAUGCGCGUGCAAAGUAUUUCAUUUCUAUUUGUAAACUGCAGAAUAGAGGGUUAAUUACAAUUUUAGACUGGUUCAUUACAAUUUCAACUGGGAAGAAAAAGCUUCACAUCAGGUUGGGCUUUAUAAACAGAGUCCGCGAAGCAUGAAGGCAGUAGAACAUGGAUUAAAAAAAAAAAAUCAUAUUGGGGGAACAAGAUUAAAGAUUUUUACUUCUUUCUUUUUUUUUUUUACCUCUUUCCUUUUUUGUUUUCUGAAAUAGUUUGAAGACUUUAACGGAGUCUGAGAACGGAGGUGAUGGAAUGUUGAGAGUUUUCGUAUGGAUGUAACAGCAUGUUUUGGGCUGAAGUCAAGUGAUGAGAAUAGAGAAGAGCCUUAGCACCUUGUCGGAGUCCACCAGAUCGGCCGGCGACGGUGUGCCACAUUUUAUACAUCUGUCCACAUGCCAUUUCAGCCCCUGACACACCUAUUGCUCUAACCCUCCAACAAAGAAGCAUACACCCCCUACGCCUCAGUUUCUCACUCGCUGCAAAAGGAAACCUCCAUCAUUUCCGGGUCUUCUGAUACUAGGUGUUGCCGGCAUUUCAGGUUUGGAUAAUGAGUGUUUCGGGCAGACACAAAUAAGUGAAAAGAAGAGCUGUUGUCCUCCAUUGCCAUUCAUUGACAGUGUUUGGUCAUAAUAUGGUGGUUCAGACCCAAAGAGAUGAACAUGGUGGUCACUCCCCACGCUUUAGCCUCCAGAAUUCGUUGAAUCUGUUGCUGCUCGUUCUGUGUUCAUUGUCAAUGGAUUCAAAGCCAUCUUCAUCGUCCUUAUUCGCCGUCCUAAGAGAAAUUCCUUGAUAGAACAUGUAAGCAUGUUAGAAGUGCAAGUACCUAUGAAACGCUAGAGUUGGUAAGGCAGGCAAAUGAGUUUGGAGCAAAACCUAUGAAGGCUGUUCUUUGUAAUGCCCUUUGUUCAUGUGCAAAAACCCUGAAUUGGAACUUGGGAAUACAAAUCCAUGCUUCUAUGAUUCGUUCUGGAUAUGAAGAAAUGAGGAGAAAGAAUUUAACUCCUUCUGAUCAUACUUUAAGUAGCAUUUUGAAUGCUUGUGGCAGCCUUACAGCACUCCUUCAAGGAAGACAAUUGCACUCACUGAUUAUUAAAAUAGGUUCAGAAAGCAAUGUGUUUGUAGCCAGUGCUUUGAUUGAUAUGUAUUCAAAGAGUGGUGACAUUGAUGAGGCUCGCUUUGUGUUGGAUCAGACUUCUGGAAAGAAUGCUGUUCUAUGGACUUCCAUGAUCAUGGGUUAUGCCCAAUGUGGGAGAAGUUCAGAGGCUUUAGUGCUUUUUGAUAGUCUGUUGACUGAAAAAAGAUUCAUUCCCGAUCAUGUUUGCUUUACUGCUGUUCUAACAGCUUGUAACCAUGCAGGACUUCUUGACAAAGGGGUGGAGUACUUCAACCAAAUGAGAACAAAUUAUGGGCUAUCUCCUAGUCUAGAUCACUAUGCUUGCUUGAUAGAUCUUUAUGCGAGAAAUGGCAAUCUAAGGAAGGCAAAGGCUCUAAUGGAAGAAAUGCCUUAUGAACCAAAUCAUGUAAUUUGGAGUUCCAUCCUGAGUUCCUGCAAAAUUCAUGGAGAAGUAGAGCUUGGAAGGGAGGCUGCUGAUCGGCUUAUAAAGAUGGAACCAUGUAAUGCAGCACCUUAUAUAACACUAGCACAUCUCUAUGCAAGAAAUGGUUUAUGGGCUGAAGCAUCUGAAGUCAGAAGCCUAAUGAAACAAAGGAGAUUAAGGAAACAUGCAGGAUGGAGUUGGAUAUUGGUGGAUUAGCAAGUUCAUGUCUCUGCAGUUGGCAAACAAAAUCAAUGCAGAGCUAGAAAAGAUUUACUUGGAAAAGAUAGAGGUUUCAUCCUGCUAUUGUAGAGAGUGGCACAGUAUUCAAGCCUAGAACUACUGUACUUCUCCUCAAAGGCACAUAUUAUAUAUAGUGAAAAAUUGAGAUUUGUUUAUUAUCAGGUCAAUGAAUGCCAUAACUUUGGCUUAAAAAGCAAAUUAACAGGAUGUCACUUCUCAAAAAUGACAUUGACUGCUGCAUCUAAUGGCUUCUUUGA